GUACGCAUUGGAAGAGAAAGCGGAAGGGGCGGGCCGAUUGGCCGGCUGCUUCCGCAGAUAGCUUUCCGGCUUUAGAGUGUUGUUGUUGUCGCGGCGUGUGUCCGCUUGGCCACUUGGGGGCGCUCUUCCAGGCUUCUGGCUCCGUGGAGCCGGUCUGUGCAAGGGGGAUAGCCGAAGAGCCGCUUACCGGAGCACUAUGGUCCACCUUACAACCGUUUUCUGCAAAGCCUACCACGGGGGCCACCUAACCAUACGCCUUGCUUUGGGUGGCUGCACCAACCGGCCUUUUUACCGCAUUGUGGCUGCUCACAACAAGUGUCCCAGGGAUGGCCGAUUUGUGGAGCAGUUGGGCUCCUAUGAUCCACUGCCCAAUAGUCACGGAGAAAAACUAGUUGCUCUCAACCUGGACCGGAUCCGGCAUUGGAUUGGCUGUGGGGCUCACCUCUCUAAGCCUAUGGAGAAACUCCUAGGUCUUUCUGGCUUUUUCCCCCUGCAUCCAAUGAUGAUCACCCAUGCUGAGAGACUCCGGAGGAAGAGAGCACGAGAGGCCCUCUUAGCAUCUCAGAAAGCAGACUCGGAGCCCGAAGAGACAGAAGCAAGCUGACUGAGUGAACAUGGCUGUGGCCGCAAGGUCAAGAGCCUGUACAACUUGUGCAUAGCAUUUUGUGUUGGGUUUGAGGAUCAAUAAAUGGAGUUUUCUAAGUCAUGAUCUUCUGGCAUAGCCUGAGCAAGGGGUCAGAGAGGUUUGUUUUUGUCUGAUGUUAGAAAAGACAAAAAGACAGGGUUUCGCUCUGCAUCCUUGGCUGGUGUGGAGUUUGUUUUGUGUGGUAUAUAGACCAGCCUGACUUUGAACUUGUAGCUCUCCUCUUGCCCCUGUCUCCUGAGUUCUGGGAUUACAGGUAGAGCUUCUGUACCUGGCCCAAAUGUUUCCUUAAUCACUUGGGAUCAAUCACCUUGUUUAUUAUUGUCUGUGUUAAUGGGGAUUUAUAUUGUUUCUUUGACACAUGAGCUCAGGUUUACAAAGACUGGAUGUAAAGUUUGCUUUGGGGCUUUAAUAGCCUUACCUAUUUUUUUUGUUGUUGUUGUUGUUUUUGUUUUGUUUUGUUUUCUUUUCUUUUCUGAGACUGGUUUCUCUGUAAUAGAACUUGCUUUGUAUGCCAGGCUGGCCUUUAACCAGAGAGAUCACCUGCCUCUGCCUGCUGAAUGCUGGAAAUAAAGGCAUGCUCUACUACCUUUUAAAGAGUAGUUAGAAGGAAGCUAACACACA